CUGUCCAACACUCCUCCUGCAGAAAGGGGGCAGCACCUGCUGGAGGCUCUGAACAAAUACAAGAGCAGGUUCCUGUGUGGGAAGGAGAUAAAGAAGAGGAAGUGCAUCUUCCGCCUGAGGACCAGAGUCCCCCCCACCCCCCCCUCCAAACUGUUUCCUGAGCGCGCUCAGAGCACUGCAGAUGGGAGGGGCGUGGCCAGGCACAGUGCCUCAGCUGAGAGGAGGAAGAGGAAGUCCAAGUGGCUGCUGGAGGAUGCCAUCCCUAAUACGGAGCUCUCCUGCAGCUGGUCCUCCCCGCAUCACAUGGCCAACAUCUUCGACUUCACCCUGGACGAGCUGCAGAGCCUCAAGAGCAGCUCCAGUACGGCGGUCAGUAUCGACCAGGACUCCACCUCCGGCUCUGCUACCAGCAGCUGCUCUCAGAUCAGAGGGGGGCUGGGCAGCAGAAAGAGGAAGCUGCCUAGCAACAGCUACAGCCAGUGGUCCAAUCGCAGCGAGGCGGGGGAGGAGCCUCCCGAGCUGCUGGAGGAACAGGAAGCCGCCGGCCACUUCCUGUCCGAUGCCCCCCCCCUGCACUCCUCCAUCUCCUCGUACUUCGGGGGGGCGGGGCGGCUGAGCAGCGGCGAGCGGUACCAGGUGCUGGCCCGACGGGUCACUGCGGGGGGGCAGACCCAGUACCUGCUGCAGUGGGAGGGAACCACGCCUUAUUAGGGCGUCACAUGACCUGCUGCAGUGGGAGGGAACCACGCCUUAUUAGGGCGUCACAUGACAGAUAUCAUGUGAGCUACUGUUCAGCUCCCCUAUUGGUUCAUCGUAUCCUCACCUGUGCAGAAACAUGAUGCUAUGCUAACAUAUAUAUGUGAUAUACACACAGAUAUAUACACACAGAUAUCUACACACUGAUAUCUACACACUGAUAUCUACACACUGAUAUCUACACACUGUGUGACAUGUUGUUAAUGCUUCAGUGUUACUCAGUUUAAAUGCAGCCAAAGAACACACACACACACACACACACACACACACAGGUAGUAGUGUUAUAUGAGUGUUAUGGUAUGCCUGAAUAAGUUUGUGUUGUUUCCUGACAUGUUAAACAGUCAGACCCCCCCCCCCCCCCAAGCUGUCUAACAGCCUCACCUGUCUCACUGCUCUACCUGUGCAGGUAAACAUCAGGUGAGAUAUUUAGCUCUUUAACUUUCUGUUAACCCCCAGAUUACCCAGAGUGCACUGCUCCUGUUCCGCUCUUAUCUAUGCAAACAUCAAAGUGAUUCAUCAUUGAGGUUAGCUUCAGGCUAACAGCCCAUUGGUUUGAAUGAGGAGUGCUAACAGUCUCGGAGACGUUAAAAUGUCAGUCACUUUAAACCUAGCUGCCAUGGUAACCACGCUCCCCUCCCAUUGGACGGUUGUUUUGAUCAUGUGACUGUUUGUAUGCCUUUUGUUCCAUUAAGCUGGCAGCUGACCAAUCAGCUGCCAGCUCUCUGAAUAAAACAAAAAAAUGAUUUACCAGUG